UCUCUCCGCUUUAAAGUCUGAGCCAGGCGCCGGGCUCACAUGGUGCUUCCUGUAUGGAAGAAUGGAGCGCGUCCAGCCGCUGCCCGGCCGCCGCUGCCCAGCCCGAACUUCCCGCGGCACGGACUGAGAGCCUGCGCCAGCCCCUCGGUGCCUGCCAUGGCUUGGCCCCGGCUGCUGCCCGCCUGAAGCGCGAGGGAGAGCCCCAGCCCCAGCCGCGGCGCUUCUCCUCCUCCUCCCGCUCCUCCUCCGGCGGCGGCGGCUGCAGGGGGACUGAACUUCUGCGCGCCCGCCCGUGAGCUGCCCCCCGGCCUCGGCGCUGCCGCUCCAGGCCCGGCGCUCGCUGCCUGCGGGGCUUCCCGCUCCGGCUCGCCCCGCACCCGCCCCGCACCCCCAGCGGCGGGUGUGGGCUCCCCGGGGUCCCCGCUCGGCCGCGGCGGUGGGGUGUGUGUGAGGGGGGGGUUGUUUUUUGUUUGUUUGUUUGUUUUUUGGCGGGGGGGGGUGUUUGGCGGGGGGUGGGCGGCCGGGCGAGGCUCAGCGCCAACUUCUUUGCAACAAGUUCCAGCCCCUCGCCCCCUUUCGAUGUGCGCCUUUGGACAUGCGGAGGCUACUGCAACCGUGUUGGUGGAUCUUCUUCUUGAAAAUCGCCAGCGCCGUGCUCCAGUAUGUGGUGUGCUUCCCCGCUCUGACUGAAGGGUACGUUGGCUCACUACAUGAAAACAGACAUGGUAGUUCUGUGCAAAUACGGCGGCGUAAGGCCUCGGGGGAUUCUUACUGGGCUUACUCAGGUACUUAUGGUCCUGAGCACUGGGUUACUUCAAGUGUGGACUGUGGAGGCAUUCACCAGUCUCCAAUAAACAUCAUAGACCAUCAGGCACGUGUGGGAGAUGAAUAUCAAGAAUUACAGCUUGAUGGUUUUGACAACGAAUCCUCUAACAAGACAUGGAUGAAAAACACUGGGAAAACUGUCGCUAUCCUUCUGAAGGACGAUUAUUUCAUCAGCGGUGCUGGGCUGCCAGGUAGAUUCAAAGCAGAAAAAGUGGAAUUUCAUUGGGGUCAGAGCAAUGGAUCCGCUGGCUCUGAGCACAGCAUCAACGGCAAGAGAUUCCCUGUUGAGAUGCAGAUUUACUUCUACAAUCCUGACGACUUUGACAGUUUUGGAGCAGCAAUUUUAGAAAAUCGGAUAAUAGGAGCCAUGGCUGUGUUUUUUCAUGUCAGUCAGAGGGACAAUCCAGCACUGGAUCCUAUUAUCCAUGGGUUGAAGGGUGUCGUACAUCAUGAGAAAGAGACCUUUCUGGAUCCCUUUGUGCUGAGAGACCUUCUGCCGACGUCACUGGGAAGUUAUUAUCGCUAUACAGGUUCUCUGACAACUCCACCAUGUAGCGAGAUUGUGGAAUGGAUAGUUUUUCGCAGGCCUGUUUCUAUUUCUUAUCACCAGCUGGAGGCGUUCUAUUCCAUAUUUACCACAGAACAGCAAGAUCAUGUCAAGUCUGUGGAGUAUCUGAGGAAUAACUUCCGACCGCAGCAGAGUCUGAAUGACAGGGUGGUGUCCAAGUCUGCUGUGAAAGAUGCUUGGAGCCAAGAUGUGAUGGACAUCUUAGAAAAUCCAUUUGGCACAGAGGCUUCCAAAGUUUGCAGUACUCCCCCGGUCAACAUGAAAGUCCAGCCUGUGAACAGAACGGCUUUGCUAGUAACUUGGAACCAACCAGAGAUCAUCUACCACCCUCCCAUUAUGAACUACAUGAUCUCCUACAGCUGGGCUAAAAAUGAAGAUGAAAAAGAGAAGACUUUCACCAAGGACAGUGACAAGGACCUGAAAGCCAUCAUUAGCCAUGUCUCACCUGACAUCCUUUAUCUGUUCAGAGUUCAAGCAGUUUGCCGAAAUGACAUGCGUAGUGACUUUAGCCAGACAAUGCUCUUUCAAGCUAACACUACUCGAAUAUUCGAGGGGACCAGAAUUGUUAAAACAGGAGUGAAUAAUGGGCAGAAUGGAGUGUUUGGAAAGAAAAAGAAAACAAAAGGAAAAAAGAGCCGAGGUAGCAUAUCGGGUACUCCUACUGACACUCUCUCUGGUGUGUUUUCUUCCCUUGUCCCCUCUGGUGGUGUCUUCAAGCCUACAGCUUCUCCUGCUUCUUCAGCUGACAUGGCUCCCAUCAGUUCUGGAUCUUCUACCUGGACUACUUCUGGUCUUCCUUUCUCCUUUGUUUCAAUGGCAACUGGAAUGGGACCUUCAUCCAGUGGAAGCCAAGCAACCGUGGCCUCCGUGGUGACCAGCACGUUGCUUGCCGGCCUUGGGUUUAGUAGUGGCGGUAUUUCCUCCUUUCCUAGCACUGUGUGGCCAACCCGCCUUCCUAGUGCUGCUUCUACCAGCAAACAGUCAGUUAGGCCAGUGCUUACAACUCCUGAGGCUUUAUCUUCUCCAGGACCAGACAGUGAUUCUGCUCUGACAAAAGACAAUGAAGGAGCAGAGGAAGGAGAAAAGGAUGAGAAGAAUGAAAGUGAGGAUGGCGAAAGGGAACAUGAUGAAGAGGGUGAAAAGGAUUCGGAAAAGAAAGAGAAGAGUGCAGUGACAGAGGCUGCCGAGGUACAAAAUAACACUGAGACCACACUAACGACCAUUUCCCCUAAUAGAACUGUAGAGGAGGAAGGAAAUAAAACCAUACCUGGUCAAGAGCAAAACAUUUUCCCAACAGAUAAGAGUCCUGAAGAAGAGAGGGUUACUGAAACAGACACUCAGCCCCAACCUCUGCCCUCCACCCAAGUGCCACCAGCAUUCACAAAUGAACAUUAUGUAGGGCAAAUCCCAAAGGGACCAGAGACAACAUCAAGAAAAGCUUUUCCCAACGACCGCAGGUUUCCAGAGGAAAAUCCAUCUGAUAACAGAUUUAUCACCAUUAACCCAGCAGACAAGAAUAGCUCCAGUAUGGCAACCAGACCUUCUCCUGGCAAAAUGGAAUGGAUCAUCCCUCUGAUUGUGGUGUCAGCCCUGACCUUUGUGUGCCUCAUUCUUCUUCUUGCUGUGCUGGUUUACUGGAGAAAGUGUAACAAAAUAAAGUCCAAGGGCUUACCCCGACGUUUCCAUGAAGUGCCACCUUCUGGGGAGAGAACAGAGAAGGGGAGCAGAAAGUGUUUUCAGACAGCUCAUUUCUACGUGGAAGACAGCAGCUCACCUCGAGUGGUCCCUAAUGAGAGUAUUCCCAUUAUACCUAUCCCAGAUGAUAUGGAAGCCAUUCCUGUCAAACAGUUUGUUAAACAUAUCAGUGAGCUCUAUUCUAAUAACCAACAUGGCUUCUCAGAAGACUUUGAGGAAGUGCAACGCUGUACAGCCGACAUGAACAUCACAGCAGAACAUUCCAAUCACCCAGAUAACAAGCACAAGAACAGAUACAUCAACAUUUUAGCAUAUGAUCACAGUAGGGUGAAACUAAGGCCUUCUCCAGGAAAAGAUUCUAAGCACAGUGACUACAUUAAUGCUAAUUAUGUUGAUGGUUACAACAAAGCAAAAGCCUAUAUUGCUACCCAGGGACCUUUAAAGUCUACAUUUGAAGAUUUCUGGAGAAUGAUCUGGGAACAAAAUACUGGAAUCAUUAUCAUGAUUACAAACCUCGUGGAAAAAGGAAGGAGAAAAUGUGAUCAGUACUGGCCAACGGAGAAUAGCGAGGAAUACGGCAACAUUAUAGUCACAUUGAAGAGCACAAAGGUACAUGCCUGCUACACCGUCCGCCGUUUCACAGUCAGGAACACAAAAAUGAAAAAGGGUCAGAAAGGAAACCCCAAAGGGCGGCAGAACGAGCGAACGGUUAUUCAGUAUCACUAUACACAGUGGCCUGACAUGGGAGUGCCAGAAUACGCUCUGCCUGUGCUAACCUUUGUGAGGAGAUCUUCGGCCGCCAGGACCCCGGAAAUGGGACCCGUGCUUGUACACUGCAGUGCUGGUGUGGGCAGAACGGGGACCUACAUUGUGAUAGACAGCAUGCUGCAGCAGAUAAAAGACAAAAGCACAGUUAACGUCCUGGGUUUCCUGAAACACAUCAGGACACAGCGCAACUACCUCGUUCAAACAGAGGAGCAGUACAUUUUUAUUCAUGAUGCCUUGCUGGAAGCCAUCCUUGGGAAGGAGACUGAAGUAUCUGCAAACCAGCUGCAUAGUUAUGUUAACACCAUUCUUAUACCUGGAAUAGGAGGAAAGACACGACUAGAGAAACAAUUCAAGCUGGUUACACAGUGUAAUGCAAAAUAUGUGGAAUGCUUCAGUGCUCAGAAAGACUGCAACAAAGAGAAGAACAGAAACUCAUCAGUUGUGCCAUCUGAACGUGCUAGGGUGGGUCUCGCGCCACUGCCUGGAAUGAAGGGAACUGAUUACAUUAAUGCCUCUUAUAUCAUGGGUUACUACAGGAGCAAUGAGUUCAUCAUAACCCAGCAUCCUCUUCCACAUACAACUAAAGACUUCUGGCGAAUGAUCUGGGAUCACAAUGCACAGAUCAUUGUCAUGCUGCCAGACAACCAGAGCUUGGCAGAAGAUGAGUUUGUGUACUGGCCAAGUCGCGAGGAAUCCAUGAACUGUGAGGCCUUUACCGUGACCCUAAUCAGCAAAGACAGACUGUGCCUCUCUAAUGAAGAGCAAAUUAUCAUCCAUGACUUUAUCCUUGAAGCGACCCAGGAUGACUACGUUCUGGAAGUACGCCACUUUCAGUGUCCCAAAUGGCCAAACCCAGAUGCCCCUAUAAGCAGUACCUUUGAACUUAUCAAUGUAAUCAAGGAAGAGGCCUUAACAAGGGAUGGCCCCACCAUUGUUCAUGAUGAGUAUGGAGCUGUGUCAGCCGGAACGCUGUGUGCCCUGACCACCCUGUCCCAACAACUGGAGAAUGAAAAUGCUGUCGAUGUUUUCCAAGUGGCAAAGAUGAUCAAUCUUAUGCGGCCUGGAGUAUUUACAGACAUUGAACAGUACCAGUUUCUUUAUAAAGCAAUGCUAAGCUUGGUGAGCACUAAGGAAAAUGGAAAUGGUCCCAUGACACUGGACAAAAAUGGCGCUGUGAUGGUCAGUGAUGAACCGGAUCCUGCAGAAAGCAUGGAGUCUCUUGUCUAAUUGGAAUCUUGAAAAGGCACUUCAUUUGUAGAACUUCUGAAGACGGAGUGAACUUUUUUGAGGCCUUUUUUGCCAGACUCUAGGUUAUACAAUAACCCAAUUACUUUUUUACACUGAUAAAAGUUUUUAUAUUUAUUUUUUGCCAUUUUAUGUCUUAAUGGUAGCCUACUGAGCAUUUGCACCUCUGUUUCUUUCACACAGCGCACCGCCAUUUUCUCUAGUUUGCACUAUAUGAUCAGUGUUACUGCCUAUAAUACUCUACUACAAAAGCAAGCCCUGACAUUCCAUGACAGCAAACGUUACUUUUUAGUUUAAAUGCAGUGAAGUUUUGUUAACUACAGUGACCCUUGAAUCUUAAAUCUUGAAUGCUAGACCAGAUAGAUUCUUUCUACAAGAAAUACUGCACCCCUUCAGACUCCUAAUAUUUAUUGCUUUAAUUUUAAUUGUUGUAGGUCUUCUGUAUUCCAAUUCAGUGGAUAAGCAAUAUUCAUCCUUUCUUGAUAAAAUGUGGCAGGUGAUUACUAGCUACAGUGAAGGUAGAAUAGCCUCAUGGAGCUGAAACAAUUGCUUUUGUAUUGUUUCAGAUUCUGCUUUUGUAUACUUUGAGGCCUAAGAAUUGCUUCACAUGGAACACAUAAAAUUACAUUCAAAAAACAUAUAGAACAACUCAUACCUGGGACACAGUCACAGAUUUUGACAUUACAGCUUCAAAGCUUCCCCAAUUAUUCAGAAUAAAAAUGUCAGUUUUAGAUUUUAAAACCGCCAUAUGGGAAAGUGUGUUAUUUUUUAUUUUCAUCAUAGCGAAUUCAAUGAAAACUCUGCUACAAUCUAAAAUAGGUCUGUUUUCAGACACAUGAAGGUAGCAAUAUUUUACAUUACUAAGCUAUUCAAUCUUUUAAACACAUUAAUUUCCUUACUAUUUCUUGAACAGGACCUCACACCUAAUCGUAUGUCACAUGGCGAAGACAGGCGUUUCUUAAUUUCAUAACUGUUAGAUGCCAUUUUUACAGGUGUGUAAUUUUCAUAUUUUAGUGCUAAAACAUAAAGUACUGAUCCAUAUUUACUGGUGAAGCAAACUAAUAAAAAUAACUACCUAUAAAAGUACAUUCUUCCUCUUUUAUUUUUUGCCAAACUAAUUAUUUAGUACAAACCUCUUGAUUCCAUUCUCCCUCCCACAUAAAUCAAACAUUUUCCCCAAAUUACGUUAUUUAAACAGUGUUGUUAUCUUGAGCACUUAGGUGUAAUCCCUCAUUGGUUCCCUAAUCCUGUGCAUUUUGAUCCCAGUUGAGCAAAGUACUUAAGUCCAUCCCUAUCUAGCAAAACCCUUAAGCAACUGCUUAAAGCUAAGCACAUCCAUAACAGCUUUGCUAAAUAGGUAUGGUUUGCUCUAAAAUUGGAUGUGUUAAUUUGACAGUUUGGAUGUUUGGUGUAGAUUUAAAGGCAUUAUCCCUUAUAUAGAGAUUUAUUUUCAUUAGUUUUAAAUUCCAACCAAACAAAAAGGGCACUGUAAUGUUUCAGGACUUGCUGUCAAAAUAUUACAGCAUAUUUUUCACUUACAUGUAAAACCAUGGGUUUUCUUCCUGUUUUCAGUACACCCUCACUCGGAUGUAAGCAUCUGACAGGCAAACCCACUUCUUUGGUUGAAUUAUUAAUUUGGGUUUCUGGCGGGUUAGAGAUAAACUAGUGAUUCUGUGCAUUUUCAUACGAAAGGACAUUUAAGUGAACUUCAGUUGGUGUAAAUCAGUGUAGCUUCACUGAUCUGAAUGCAGCUAUGCUACGUUACACAGGCAGAGCAGCUGGCCCUUUAUUUUUAAUGAUGGAAAGAUUUCUUCAUGCUGACAGACCUGGUUCAUCCAGUUUUCUAAGCAUUUGAAAGAUUUCAACAGAAACAACUAUGUCGUUACCUUGAAUUUAUCUGAAUUUAUUUAACCUCUUGAUACUAGCGGUCCAAAAUAGCUGCUGAUACCACACAGUGAUGCAUAAUACGUUCCUGUUUUCUAUCAGAAAAUCCCAUGUCCAGCACCAAGGAAUUGAUUCGAAUAAAAAAAUGUCAAGAUGACUCAGAAUAACCCUUCAGUGCUAGUGCUGUGGAGCGCCCAUCAAUAGCCAGCAUUAGGCAGCUCAGCACUCAGGGGUCAGCCAGUCUAAUCUGCUAAGAGUUCAGAUUGGCUUUCCAAUCUCUUCAAAAACAGGAAUCCUUCAAGCACAUUUCAAGUAUUGCUGUCCACACUGCUUAGGCUGGGGCUGAGAGGCUUCCAAGCGAAGUUAAUUUGCCAAUCUGCGCUGGUGCCGGACGCUUCAGUGCACCCAUUGCUGGCAAUGGCCGCUGCACCGGGAAAUUCCCGCUCUUGGCACGGAAGGACUGAUCAGCUCACAUCUGAAAGAUCUGAGUUCCUGGGGGGGAUAUAAUUCAGGUCCUGGCAAGAACAAAAUGGCUUGCAAAUUAACAGAGGUAUUUAGAGAGUUGAAUUUGUUCAGUCCAUUUAGUAAUAAGUUACUCUUCAUUUCAGUGUGGUUUGGGGGAGGCAGUAGCAGAGUGGAAGUGGACUGUUUUAAUGAGACACUGCCCGGCUCUUCUUGGGCUGGUUCCUUACAUUUGUGCCAUUUUUUUUAAAGUCAGAUGAGAUAUGGGAACAGGGUUGAAUGUUGAUGAAUGUUUUUGAAACCCAGGCAUUUGUAUUAGCAUUCUCCCAUACCUGAAACACUUACACAGGGCUUAACCCAUGGGGAAAUAACUGUGAUGGAUGUCUUGACUUUCCCCUUGCUUUUUUUUCUCAUGGGAAUCAAGAAGUGUAUUACUAUUAUGUUCAACUGUGAAAUAGCCAGCAGGAUGGCAAUGUCAUGUUGUCCAUGAGGGUGGGUGGGGAUAGGAGUUCCAUGCAAAGGUCAGAAAUAAGAGUGCAUGGGCCAAAUUCAUUCAUUCAAGCAGCUGCAAUUCUACUGACUUAACAAGAUUUGCACCUGUUUCCCUGGGGCUGCGUGUGACUGAACAUAUGUUAACAGAUCCUUACUCAUAGAGGUAUGCUGAGAUGCUGGCAUUUGUCUGUCUCAAGUCCCACGCGUGCAGGGCAACAAACUGGCACAUUUUUGCUGUCACCACUCUGCCCCUACACACAUUGUGAUGACAUUUCAAUCGUUAUUACAAUAUAGUUGUGAUGCCUUUCACACAUUGGAAAUUCUCGAAGGAUGUGCAAGUCUGCAAAUUAGGAAGAAUUUAAGCAUUGCUUGGCUGUAAACAAUGGUCCUCACCACUUGCGCUAAAGGGAAAGGGGAAUAAUGGAUUGCAAACGAGUGUGUGUGUUUUCGGGUGUGUGUGCACACACGCUUUCUAGAAAAUGUUAUUUCCCCAUGUUUUAUAAGGGUAUUCGGCCGGGAGACCAGGCGAGAGAAGUACAGGGCUUUUAUGAACUGAGUCCUUAGUAAUGACCAAGAAUUUCUGCAAAAGCUGCUCUCUGUUAACAACAUCCAAAAAUCAGUGACAUUCUCCGUCUAAAGCCCCGAUCCGUCAGACACUUACCAACACGUUAAACUUUACACAUGUGAGUCGUUCUGUUAAAGUCAGUGGCACUACUCGCACGUGUCCAGUGAAAAACAUUGAACAAGUGUGUGCAGGACCCAGGGCUAAAGAACCUUCAUUCUGAAGCAGCAUUUGUCCUUAACAUUUCUGUUUCUAAAUAUGACUUUUGGAAACAAAAAAAAGGCUAAAGUUUAUUCUUUGUGUUUGAUUCUGAUCUUUUAUUCCUCUCCUGUGGAUCCAUUCUGUGUUACUGGAUUUAUUUACUGGAUCAGCAAGGUUUCAAUCCUUUUUCAAAUAUCUGAUUGCUUGAAUUGCUUCCCUCAGAGUAAUCUGUUGGAACACUAGAAAAACAACCUUUCUAAUGACACAGCACAACUGCCCUGUUGUUCAUCCUUUUCUGUUUUUUUCAACAGAUGCAUUUUAUUUGAAAGUUAAAAUAUAGAUAUCAGUUUUUACCAAAGAUACCUAUUACUAAUUCUCAGAAAAAAAAAUCUUAAUUUAAAGAAAAAAUAAUAAAAUGUAGGAGUCUAAAAUAUUUUGCAGUCAUGCUCUCAAAUUCAUUCUCUUCUGCCAUCAACUCCUGUGUUCUGAAGUUUAUGUUCAAAUGGUGCCAGUGAAUUUUUAUAUGAAGGCAAAAAGGCAUAAUUGUUAGUCCACUGCAUUGCUUUUAUUUCCCCCACUUUCUCUCUUUGUUGCCAUUCUAACAAUGUAAACUACAUUGACUUUGCUUAUCUAAGGAGAAGGCACACAAAAUGGAGAGAGGAAGAGAAGGAACUGUAAUGAAGAGAUUUGGCCUCGACUUUAUCUUUGCUGUUAAACUGUUUUUAGUAUUUUUGUUAAAUAUUUGCAAAGGGAAGCAUUUUCUACAGAAGAUAAUUAAUUAAUUUCAAGAAAAAUGUCUUGAGUUUUAAGAAUAAACAUGUCUCCAAAAGAGGAGAUAGUCAAUUUUAUAAAAUGUCACAACUCUCCAACAUUUGGGGUAGUGACUUUUUUGUUUGUUUGUUUUGUUAGAACGUUUGAAACUAGCAAGCAGCCAUUGUUUCUAAAGAACUAAGCAUUCACAUCUACUCAUAGUUCCUUUUCCUUCAUUUUGAAAUAGCAGAAAUCCUUAAAACUGUAAAUAUUUUGUUGCUUGGGUAAGCAUCUUCUGGGAACUUUGUAUCUAUGGUAUAUAAUCAUAGAAUUUUAUAUUUUCAUAUAAAGCUAAUUUUUUUCUAGUUUCAACUCCUUCAUAGUUUUUUUGUGGUGGACAUGUGAAGACAUACUUUCUGUGUAUUGAAGUAGUGAAACACGAUCAUCACAUUCCAAAAAGAAUUCAACACGUUUUUUCUUUGGGGGCAGUGAUUGUGAAAGUUGGAUUUUCUUUCAAUUCCAUUGUCAGUGUGUGUGCAAUAGGAUUAGACUUAGUCAGCCAUUGGAGAAGUUCGUCUCAUUGAUCCAUUCCGGGGGGAGGGGGGAGAAUUGGUGUUUGGUUUUGGGAAGUUUUUUUUGAUUGCUUUUUGUUUUGUUUUUGGUUUUGGUUUUAGGGGGUUUUUUUGUUUGUUUUGGGUUUUGGUUUUUUUGUAACUUGAAAAUCUCCUUUUUGUUAUGUUUAAAACUAUAUCAAAUCAUUCUAUGAUAGUGUUAUUUAAUAUGUAAAUUGUAUUGCUAUACAUAAAAUAAAGUAUGGUUUUUGAUGUA